AUGGCUCCCACAGAGAGACCGCCUCCGGACUGGGAGGGAGAGGCUUCGGGCGAGGGGGGGGUUGCUGAGGAGGAGGACGAUGGGGAUGUUGUGAAGGGUCCUGUGGAGGAGGGGCCUGUUGUGGAGGGUGCUGCGGAGGAGGAGGAGGAGGAGGGGGCCGCUGUGGGAGGUGCUGGAGGUGGGGAUGGGGAUGCUGGAGGCGAGGAUGGGGGGGCUGUAGGUGGGGAGAAGGGGGCGGUAGGUAGGGUAAUGGUGGACAUGUGCAGUGAAUGA